AUGAGACCUCCCCAUACCUCCACUUUGGGAUACCGCUUCGUUGCAUUGAUGACGUCCUCUGCGUGGCUGCGAUGGGCUUGGGCGCGUCGAUUUGGCUCCAUCAGAGCUUCCAAAUCACAGGCCUCUGCCAUGAGUUUAUGGCUGACAGGCGCAGGGGGUUACAAGUCAGUGACAAUUUCCGCAAACCCCAUCUAUGGCGUAUGCGAAUAUCCCAUUUUCACAGCAGCAUACACAAGAGCGUUUCUUCUUGUGAAGACUACCCGUACUUUCUUCAGCCGUGUCGUUGAACUUGUUGCACGGGUUUCGUCUGAUCGCCGCGUCUUCUGGAAUUCUCAGCCUCCCCGGUCCCUGUCAAACGGGCCGAGACGAAGCGUCAUCUCUACUCAUUUUCCCCCUCGGGCCCCUCUCCCUUCCUCUGCGGGGACUGACACGAUGAACCGCUAUGGAAUUUUGACUUCUGACUCUGCUACGGUACGGUCGUCCCCGGGGUCCUUGUCCUUGUGCCGGCCCGGUUCGCGUGACUUUCCUGACUUAGUUGUGGUUGUCCCUGAUAGCAAUCGUCGCAAGGUGGGGCUAAUUGAUAUCGAAGACUUGAUAAACUCCCAUGGUCUUGGCAAGGGGGCUUUGUCUUCCGAGUUCCCUUUCCCCUCGCCGGCUCACGAUACUAAACAACUCUACUCUGUACGCGGCGAAUAUUCGGCGGAUGCGAUGCGAUAUCCCCUGAAUUAUUCGGAUCUCGGCCACGCUGGGAAACUUUGA